CGCUUAAAAAUGGAAUAAGUCGUGCUGCGCUCUAAAAGGAAUAACACAUACAGAGCGCGGGCGCGGGGGCUGGUGAACAACGGAGAGAGCUAGCGAUUGUCAAGCAUGCCGCGAGAGAUUAUCACCAUCCAGUUGGGCCAGUGCGGCAACCAGAUUGGUAUGGAGUUUUGGAAGCAGCUCUGUACGGAGCACGGAAUCAGCCCAGAGGGAGUGUUGGAGAAUCUUGAAGGUCCAGCGCUGGACAGAAAAGAUGUUUUCUUCUAUCAGGCAGAUGAUGAGCACUACAUUCCCCGGGCAGUUCUGCUGGACCUGGAGCCUCGUGUCAUUCACAGCAUACUCUCCUCCGGGUACGGGAAACUGUACAAUCACGAGAACAUCUACCUCUCGGAGGACGGAGGAGGCGCUGGCAACAACUGGGCCAGUGGCUACUGCCAGGCGGAGAAGGUGAAGGUGAGAGAGGAGAUAUUUGAUAUCCUCGACAGAGAGGCCGACAACAGCGACAGUCUGGAGGGGUUUGUUCUCUGUCACUCCAUUGCUGGUGGGACUGGCUCGGGGAUGGGCUCCUUCCUUCUGGAGAGACUCAAUGAUAGGUAUCCCAAGAAGCUGAUACAGACUUAUUCCGUGUUUCCUAACCUGACGGAUGAGAUGAGUGAUGUUGUUGUUCAACCAUACAACUCUGUCCUCACUCUCAAGAGACUCACUCAACAUGCUGACUCUGUGGUGGUGCUAGACAACACAGCUCUCAACAGGAUAGCAGCCGAGAGACUGAAGAUACAGAAACCUACCUUUUCUCAGAUCAACCAACUGGUGAGUCUUCUAUGGCAUGUAACGCGGUAUGCGUUGCACAGGAUAAUG